AUGGCGGGGGAGGGGAUGGGCUGUGUGAUGGAAUUCUAUGGAGUGGGGGGUUUGCAUGAUGCACAGUGCGAUAAAGAGGAUGACAACCAGAAGAAGAUGAUCUGCUGGAACCCGCUGCUCAUCAUCAUCAUCCUCAGCUCAUGUCUCUGUGCAGCAACAUUUGUAGUGAAUGUGACCCAGAGCUCCUAUCAGGCAGAGGAGAAGCACAACAUCACUCUGGAGUGGACCUUCACCACCAGACCUCAUGGAUCCUGGAGUCAGCUGUUUGUUCUCUGCAGCUUCUUUACUUCUAACAGACAUUCAGUCGUCUUUCGUGUCCAUGAUGGUGUUGAGGUGCCAGAGUCUCAGGAUGAACAGAUCUCAGGACGAGUCCAGAGUGACAAAGACGUCCUCAGAGAAGGACGAAUCAGACUCCAUGUGUCCAGACUGAGGACUGAAGACUCUGGUCUGUAUGUCUGUGAGGUGGAGACUGAUGGAGGCUCAGGCUAUGAAAAAUGUCUCCUCAACGUCUCUGCAGCUGCUGAUCAGAUCCAAACUCAGAAACCAACUUUGACUCCAGAAGCAGAGAGACGAGGAAGGAUCUUCCUCUUCAUCCCACUGACAGCAGCAGCUCUGAUGGUUCUGAUGAUAAUGUUGAUCGUUUGGUUCAGAACGAAAAAAAUAGAAAAAACAAAAACAAUCAAGUGUCUGAACAAGUCCGAACCGGCUCCAAACAAGGUCCGAACGGGCUUCAAACGUGGUCCGAACAAGUCCGAACAAGGUCCGAACGGGCUUCAAACGUGGUUCGAACAAGUCCGAACCGGCACCAAACAAGAUCCGAACAAGUCCGAACGGGCUUCAAACAAGGUCCAAACACAUUCCUAA